AUAUGCAUUGCAAUUCGGUCCGGUGGAGUACGUAUGACCGUAACCGUCGCUUCGAUCGUUCCGCCACAAUUUGUUCUUCGUGUAUCUUGCCUUUUUGUCCUAUACGAUCGAGAAGAAAAGAGGAAACGUAAUAGGCUGAGGAAAAGGGGAUACUUUGGUUAUCAGUCAAAAUCACGUGUCCUUUCGAGAAUUGAGCGAUUGACCCCCAAUUCUCACGUGUGUUUGGACUUGAGGAUAUUGAGAAGUUAUUUAGAAAAUAACAAAUGGAAAAUAACGAAGCUGACGAAAUAGAAUCUACCAUAAGCACUUUGGAGGACCGUUAUAGGCAAAUAUAUCGUGAAAUAAAUGCAUAUAUAAAUGAAGAUGAGAUAUCCUCGAAAUCAAUAGAUGGUGUUCCGAUACGAAAAUUGUUCAUCGGCAAUUUAGCUGAAAGGGCUACUUCUAAAGAUGUGCAAAAUCUCUUUUCUGUGUACGGCAAGGUUGAAAGUUGUUACUUGUAUAGAAAUGAAAAAAAGAGGAACUGUGCUUUUGUUACAUUUAUGAAUGUUGAUAGUGCGUCAAGUGCUUGGCGGGAUGGAUAUUGUAAGCAAAUAAGAUUGCACAAUAGGGACUUAAUAGUAAUGGCUGCAGAUCUUUGGAAUCAACCUGAUAGUAUAGAACAAAAACUUCGUGAGAGAUGGCUGCACUUAGAGUUAAACUCCACUCAUAGAUAUGCACUAAACAUUAAAGAUACACCUAUUCAUAUGCUGAAUGAUGAUUGCUUGAUAUAUAUUUUUAAUUUUUUAUCAGUUAAUGACAGAAUCCGUUCGGAAAGAGUGUGCAAACAUUGGAGAGUCUUGAGUCUAAAAUCUUGGCAUACAGUGAAGAAAUUAGACUUAUCUUACUCUACAUGGGGUCAACAAAUACGCCCUAUUAAUACAGCUAUGCUACGGAGAGUGUUAUUAAGAUGUGGCAAAUUCAUAACACACAUACAUCUGUCCGAUGUACCGAAUGACUUAUCCAUAAAUACAUUACCAAUAAUUGCAUAUUUUUGCCCCAAUCUUACAUGUAUUGAUGGUUCUUCAUUACCAAUUUGUCCGAUGGACUUGCAUACUUUAACGAAAAAAUGUAAAAAGAUAACUUAUCUCAGUAUAGGAUCAGUGGCAGAUAUUUCGGACAAUGACUUAAAGAAUGUUUUCAAAGAAUACGAAGAUCUGAGUUAUUUUGAGGCAAGAGGCAAUGAUAAUAUUUUCGGUACAUGCCUGUCAUAUCUACCAGCUCAGAUGUUGCGCACGCUGGUGAUAAAGGAAUGCCAUAAGAUUACCGAUGCUAAUCUUUCCACAGCAUUAGCAAGACUGAAAAAUUUAGAAUGUCUUAAAUUAUUGAAUUGCUGCCACAUUGGUGAGAAGAUAAUGGAAGCAAUCAGCGAUCACUGUAAAAGUUUGACAGAUUUACGAAUUUGUGGACGCGCCGGUUGGCUAUAUAAUAUGAAUAUACAAUUUACCAACCUUGUUAAUCUGCGACGGUUGGAAAUUACACACUUCUUUGCAUUAUCAAACGAGCAGCUCAUUAAUGUAGCACUCAACUGUCCGCAGAUUACCCAUUUAGACAUUUCAGGUUGUGACAAAGUGACCGAUACUGGAAUAAUAGCUAUUGCAGGAUUGUCAAAACUGGAAUAUUUAUAUAUCAAUUUUUUGACGAACAUCACCAAUCAUAGUUUGAAGAAUUUAGUAAAUCUAAAAAUAUUUGAAUGCCACUCGUGUCCGUUGAUAACUGACCAUGGGGUAUGCAAAAUUCUUGUAUCUUCACCUCAAUUACAACUAUUAGAUCUUUCGCAAUGUUGUAACAUCACAAACGCUACUUACGAGGUUGCUAAGCGAAUAUGCGAUAGUCGAACGAAUAACGUGAUAUUAAAAAUGUUUAUUCAAGGAACACAAAUUGUAUUGACAGAUGCAGUAUCCCCAUUUUUGCAAACUGUUAAUUUCAUUAGGCCAGAACCAUUCGUACGGAUGCCAUAUACGGGUUGGUGAUAAGGUUUCACGCGCAUAUGCGACAUGCUCGGUAUCGCAUAAGCAAGCAAUAUGGAGGUAUCGUUGUGCUCCAUAACAUUACUGAAAAAUAUUUUUGGAAAAAAGAUAUAUAUAUAUAUAUAUAUAUACACAUAUAACAGUAAAUAAAACGGAAUAUAACACGUCUCGAUCAGCAGACAAUAUUUUUUUAAUGCUUU